CGAGGGAAACCACUCAUCGCCAUGUGCGCCUGAAGAUCAAUUGGAAACGUGCAUGUAUUGUGUCUGCCAUUCUCUGUAGAGUGGAAGAGUGGAGCUGCUGUGCUGUUGAGAUUCAAUUUAAGUGCUGUGUUACGAAUACAAAUUUCAAGGGAAUUAGAGUAGGAGCUUUGCUGCUGACUGUGCAUACUGGCUUCUUCACCAGUGUCGGACCAUACUUGAUCCAUAUCUUCUCUCUUGACUACUGCUAAACGGUGAAGAGAAGUCAGAUUCUACCGGCGGUAUGAUAACUCUUCAGCGACUUAAUACGAAACGGCUAUUUCGCUGACAAAUCCUAAUACGAACGCGUUAACGAUGAAUUACACACCAGGACCUAACAGCACCGAGGUGUCGGGGACAUUCUUACCCACCGAACUCCCGGCUGCAAACAUCACGAAAAAUAUCACUGAACCCCACGAACCGGUCGGGGAAUGGAUCAAAGCAAUGACUAUACCGUUCUAUGUCGUCAUCUUUGUCGUCGGCGUGACCGGAAAUAGUCUUGUUGUUUUUGUCGUUGCGCGGAACAAAGCCAUGCAGACGAUCACUAAUAUUUUUAUAACAAACCUUGGAUGUGCUGAUAUAAUGAUGUGUCUUCUUGCUGUGCCUUUCACACCACUCGCAGCGUUCCUGGAUGACUGGCCUUUCGGGGAGGUGAUGUGCCAGAUUAUACCAAUGUCACUGGCGGUCAGCGUCUUUGUUUCAACCUUGACCUCAACCGCCAUUGCUAUUGACCGAUAUUUUGUGAUAGUUUACCCGUUUAAGCCACGGAUGAAGGCAUGGCUCUGCUUGCUGUUAAUAAUAUCAAUAUGGAUCAUUUCCUGUUCUGUCUCCUUGCCCCUGGCUAUAUACCGUAGGAUAACAGUGGACAAUGGAGAUAGACAAUGUGGUGAAGACUGGCCAGACAUUAACUCAAGAAAGUUCUGCAUUAUUACGUUAUUUUUCUUACAGUAUGUUGUACCAUGUUGUGUCAUUACGUUCUGCUACUGGCGAGUUUCUGGCGUGCUGCGAAUGCGCGCUAAAGCUAAGAUAGGAAGUGGAAACAAAUCACGGGAAAAAGAAGAGAUGGAAAUCCGUCGUAAGCGAAGAACGAAUAGGAUGCUGAUCGCUAUGGUGGCUAUAUUCGUCGGGUGCUGGAUGCCUUUGAAUGUCGUUCUCCUGACGCAAGAAGCCCACCCUAGAAUUGAAACUUGGCAAUGGCUCAAACUGAUUUUCUUCAUUGCACAUAUCAUCGCCAUGAGCUCCGCGAUAUACAACCCCUUCCUGUACGCGUGGAUGAAUGAAAAUUUCCGAAAGGAAUUUAAACAGGUUCUGCCCUUCUUAUUCUCUGGUCAUACACACAGCAAACUGAACGGCAGCAUGACGCAGUACUCUACUGUCGACACGACACAUACGGUUGUCGACCGAUCGCCCAUGCGCGAACGAAACGGAAGUAACGUUGGGACGGGCAAGACCACGCAGGCGCACUAUGAUGUUGAUUCAGAAAAGGUUCAUUUGAAAGUUGCCGAGGAUGGCGAUGAACCAAGGGAAGAGGUAUAGAUACUUUGCGGAAAAACUUCAUUGUGAUGAUUGGUUGAUUCAGGAUGAGUUGCUGUGUGAUUUGUAAGUUUGUAAAUAGGACCCAUAUACAGUAAAACAUGCUUAUGUGAAUUUGACAUUGUCCAAAAUGCCUGAUAAAAGUGCGUUGACUAGACUGGUCCUACAAGCAGACGAACUUGAUCAAGCAUACUCUCUGAGAAGAAAACAGUUAUGGAUACGGCUCGAAUCACGCUCAUUGCACCAGCUUGCAUAACAAAGCUGGAACUAACUUAUAGAAUGAUGUGUCACACUUUCAUUUACUGGUCACUUUUUAUGGUAGAAUGCAUAUAAUUUAUAUUCAAUGUAUAUAUAAUGAUAUAGAUAUGAUUAUAACGUCUAUAUGUACCAUAAAUUUAUAUAACGUCAGGUCGCAUGUAUAGGACAGCUAUGACUUGUGUAGCGUACAGCCGUACGUGUACAAUGUAUGACGUCAUUGUUUCCUGUUGCGCGAGAAAUGCUCGUUUGUGGCAGAGUCUUUCAUAUACUUUAUUAAAAGACUCUGUUUUUGCAAGGUUUGUGCCAAGUGACAAGAUGAUAUUUAGAGGUUUUCGGACCCCUUCAUAUUCAGUCGAUAUAUAUAUGUAGAUGGCGAAGUCUUUUUUGUGAGAUAAAUAUAUAUAUAUACUCAUCGCGUGGUGUUGGGGUAUAUACGUUUCCACUGAACGCGUUUACGAGAUCGCCACGGUAUUUGUUAUUUUGUCCACCCAAACUGAACCGACAGAAGUUUGCUUUGCGAUGUCGCAUGCCCAGUGCGAAUAAUGCAAAAUUGCAUUCACUGCAGUGGAAAUCUACCCUUAAUUGUAUCUUCCAAGUAUUAGUGAGUUUCCCCAUCGCUCACGAACAUCGAUUACGAAUUACGAAUUCCAAGCACAAAUGCUAAGAAUUUGCCCUUCGUGAAUCUUCAUUCUUGUGUGAUGCGGGAACUCACUACGACAGUAUUGUCGACGCGUCGCAUAUUUGUACUUCUUAUGAUUAUCCAGAAACAAACAUUCAGGAACCAUUUUACACGUUAAGAUUGGCAUUAUUGAUGUUGUGAUCAGAGUAUUCGUUUAAUUGGUCUUGUCUACCGAUUAAAUAUAUUAAAAUUCGCGCUUUGACUUCACCUAGCAUCUAAUUACAGCACGCUUUUCCCUUUACAAACGUACCGACUGAAAGCGAUCGUCUGAAUCUGUUACUUUCGUGUUCCCCUGGGAUAAUUACCCGCUAAAGUUUUUCCAAUUAAAAAUAGCGCAAUUUCUUUUCGCGUUUGGACGUUAUUCACGAGCACUUUGCACCCCAUGAAUUCUAGAUUUAGGAAUACCCGUGUGCGGAGAGUCUGUUGAAUCGUGGAUUUUGAUAUGGAUCGUUAAAAUGGUGAACGAAAUAUGUGUAAUUUGCAUGUUCUUGGGAUGAAUGGUGUAAGACUGCGUCGAAAAAAUAAUGGGCCGAAUCGACAUAUUUUGUCGUCUCUCAAAGCGGUGUUGCUGAUAAUUGGCAUUCCAUUUUCUCAUCCGCGUUCUCCCACAUGUCCAAGUCUCACCACUGAUAACCACCGUUAAGUGCUGACUUGCUCAUAUGCGUACUUUUUACAUUGUGGUUAAUAUAGCUUGGAAAGUCAUUGUGUUUUUUUAAGUAAAUCACAAAUACUGCAACAUCGCCCCAAGGGUACUAGUAUUUGAGAUGCGGCCAACCGGCAUGAUUGUAAUGCAUAGUGUUGUCCCCUUUUGGGGUGAUAUGCCCAAUCAGCCACUGAGAAUGCAAUAACACAUUUUGCUACCAUCGUUGUUAUCUGGUUAUUGCUAAGAAAUAAUGGUUUUAUCCUCUCAAAAAGUAUAAAUUAAUUGGUUUGCCAUAGCUGGAAGAGUGAGAAUGCGAGUGUGGUUGUGUGAACGAAUGGCCCAUACGAAGGACACUUCAAUCGUAUAGUUAAAAUGCAGUUUUAAAAGCUAUGUGUAUUUACAGUAUGUGUGCACUUGGUCGAAGUAUCGUAGUACGAAGUCCAACAUUUCCGAAGUAACUUGGGUAGAAAAAAAUUUGCGGGAAGAUUAGACUUUCGGCAUUGUUGGAAUAUUUACAAUCGUCAUGAACAGGCACUGGUGAUCCGGGGUUUUUUCAGGCGAAUUUGGACGAUUGUGUGUGUGUGUGAGUGCGUGUGGGUGGACCGUGCAUCUCUCAGAAGAAACAGAUGAAACAACACACAAGAAUAAGUUGUCGGCAUUUCCUGAAAGCUGUCGGCAGUAUUCCGUCGUCAGUGAUUUUGCGGCACACACUGUCAUUGUCCUCCACUUUGUUACUUCCGCGCUGCCUUUUUCUCAUUCUGCUUAUCAUCCGAAUCUAGAAGAAGCGCCGAAACAACAUAAUUGAUCGGGGAUCGGUAAAUAUAUACACAGGUACAUGUGCCGGUAUUUGCUCUACCCUGUUACGACAAUUGUGAUUCCCAACCACCAGUUUUCCGCUUUCAUAAAGUAAGCAAAAGAUGUAUGGACACGGCAGCUAUAUUCCGUCGUGAUGCUGUCCUGAUUUUUCCAGGAUAGGCAAAUUCAAUUGAAUGGUAACAGGGUGUGGAUGGAGAAAACUGGAUACGAAACAAUCAAACACGCUAAAGUUGGUUUAACCAAUCCCUUGUUCAUUUAUUGGAAUCGUAGAAAGCAAACAGGAAAAGCAGUUUGACAAUCCAACGCAUUGUUGACAUUCAACCUGGUUGGAAUUAUGAGACGAAAAUGGUAGGAACAAGCAAUCCAUUAUUACCUAAAAACUAUAUUACAACCAAUGCAUGAAACCCUUGUUUGGUUUGCGAAGUUGAUCUGAACUAAACCAGCAACUCAAUACCAUCCAUCAUCUUGGACGACUCAUCGAACUGGAAAAAACAUUCAUAUAUUAUGUUAUUUGCAGAACUUCUCACGAAGUAACUAAACGAUCUUUGGUCGAUACUGACCAAGCAUUUCCCUCCGGCAUCUCUGGCCAUUUGCUGUAUCAUGUCAGCUGAAGGCAUUGAUUUGCAAGUUCAUGUUCAGGAUGAAGACACAACUAGUUUGUUCAGAUGGCAAAGCGAUACACAAGUCCACUCUGCAUACAAAUGUCAGAAGGCUUCAUCUUUCUGCGUAACGAGAUGAUAACACACCUGAUAGAAAGACUUCUGUGAUGUUGUCUAAGCUUAUCAGGGGACAGGCCGCCUGUAACUUCUCCGAUGCAUCUGUAAGUGAAUAAGUAAGCACUGGCACAGGCCAUGUCUUCAUUCUUCGCUGACUAAAGGUGCGUGCACAGAUUUAGUAAUAGACAGGAUCUCUCUAUUCUCUCUUACCGGAUUUUUUCAUUGUUCUCCUUGAAAAACAGAUAAACAAGAAACAUCGCGGUAAGACGGGAGUGUCUGCAUCGUUGGGUCGUAAAACGUGAACAGAUUAUACUUUUUAUUUUUCUUUGUGAAAAAAAUGUACAGAAAAACUCUAACAUCUGACAACUAGCCGCAGCUAUACAUUUACGUUGGGUGGGGAGUGAAUUCGUCUAUUCAGGAUUUUCUUUGAGAACGUGUGACGCCAGAGAAUUGAAAACAGUGACAGCGAAGUGCGUUUAAGCCCGCUGCACACUAGCCGCCAACUUUGGCGACAAGAAGCGUUCAGCUGACGCCUCUCGACGCCGAAGUUGGCGGCCAGUGGAUCCCGGUCAGAGCACACCUGCCCAGAAUCGGCGUCCAGUAGCGUCUUUUCCGCCACUUUAGGCUGCCAUUUUGAAAUCAUGUGACAUCAAGACGCAUACUGAUUGGCCAUAGCCUCGCCGCCCACGCCAAUUCAAGCGGCAAUCCGUAGCACACCUGGCUUCUUCUUGCGUUCAAACGCGGCGACACGCGUCAAAAAUCAAAACAUCAAGAUCAAGAUAUUUGGCGUUUAGUUGCGGCAAGUCGCGUUCGCCGACGCCGUUCGUAGCAGACUAGGGAUUUUUCAGGCGUUCAGGACUCUUGCGGCAAAAAACGCCUGUGAACGCCGAAGUUGGCGGCUAGUGUGCUACGGGCUUUAUUGUUUCUUUUUCUGAUAUCAAGUCACUCCAGAUCAUGUUCCUGCCGGUCUAGAAAUGGGUGUGUGAAUGCAUUUGGAUCGACAUGUGUGAAUCAGAUCAGUGACUCUCUAAUUAGUGUGAUUAUUGACGGGAGUUCCUCAAUCUGGAGAGUUCAUGUUGUACAUGAAACUUAAAAUCUUCUAAUCAGUCUGCCGGCAGACGAUGCCACCCAAUGUUUGACCUUGUCAGUGUCGCUUUUCUGUGUAGAACGCGAUCAUAGGCCUACUGUCGCGUGCAGAGUCUAAGAACUCAGGGGAUGAAAUUACAGAAGAUUGAUAUCGUCCCACGUGUUUUUAAUAUAAGCACCAAACUGUAAAAAUGAAAGGUUAAUAUGCGGUGUACAUGUAAUAACGACUACUAGUUUCUCUUUGGAAACGCCCACUUGACUAUGUAUUGCCUUUCUUUUAAUAUGUAUAUAAGUGCCAAACGUUUGUCAAUUUAAGAGCACAGCAUUAACUCCCGCACCUUUAAUUACCGAUGAUUUUACAUUAAACACCCAUUGUUAGUUUUACUCGGAUUGUGUUGGUUCCGAGGAAAAUUGUAUUAGAGUUUAAAGCCAAAGUCCUGUUACAAAUUUGUGUUCAUACCCUGAAUGUAUGUAGAUCGAAAUUAUUGAAUCUAAUUUUAUUGCAGCUCGGAAUCCAAUUGGACGCUGUCAUUCAUGACAUACCAUGUUGCUUGAAUCCUUAUGGUAAGCAUACGGGCAGGGCAGAGCUGAGGUUGAAAGGUAUUGACCCAUUUUGACUAGUUGUUAAAACUGUGCUUCGUUUCAUUUUAACUAAACAUCACCUAGCUAUGACUGUAAAGUAUUCUUAGUAUUUUUCACACUCGUUCUCCUAAUAUACAUGUAUAUAUUUGGCCGGAAUUUUGGAAUGAAUUCCAAAGUCUUCAACGGUCAUUACGUUCUAUCAUUAACUACUUUCCGAAAGCCCUUCGUAAACGUCGUCGUCGUCCUAUUGGCCAAUCAGAUUCUCUAAACUCCUUCUUCAACACAGCCAAUCAGAGCGUCGCGUAUUUUAGUCAGACGACUGGUCAAUUUUGUGUCUUCCUUUCGGAAUGACGGUAAUGGACAUCAUGGCUCAGCGUCAACUUGCAUUAUUACAUUUUAUCAGCUAAUGAGAGUCAUUUGUUCUAUCAUUGAAUCAACUGACCAGCAUUGUCAAAAAACCGCAUGACUGGCCAAUGGCUAUAGCAUACAUACAUGUGCAUGUACAUUUACUGAGCUAUGGUGGCUGUGGAAAGAAAUAGCAUUCCGCGAUAAUGAGGUCACUGCAGCUGCUGCCCUCUAUUUCCCCAUCGCUGAAUUACAGGCAAUGUCGGACAAACAUGCGGUUUCGUAAUGGAUUCAGGCUUUCUAACUAGGGCAGUUAGAUUCAAUCUGGCACAUGUCCGAGUGUUGGAAAUAGUGUACAUGUACUACAUAAUUGUUCUGAAUAUUUCUCUCUCUGACUCUAUGGUAUCAUUCAUGCUAAAAACAAUGCGGGGUCAAAGAUAAUUGACUUUGAAAUAAGCUCAAAUGCGUAGAAAUAAAUGUCGAUGUCCGACUGUCAAUAUCUUAUUCAAAUGACCUUGUGAGCUAUAAAUAGUAACGUCGCGGAAUGCUAUUAGGCAGGUUUCACAAGCCUUACGAGGUGCAGGGAGUUGUCUUUAUUCCAAUCCCUACGAAAAGCUACGAAGGAGGUAUGCAAAUGCAUUUUGUCGUUCGUGAUGUGCAUUUAGAUGUUCUAGUAUAACCCCAGCCUAGAUCACAGACAAAUGCAGAAUGUAAAGUAGCUGCGAUAACCAGCGCAAACGACAGAUUUUUGUUGCAUGCGAUAAUUGCGGCUCCCAACUACAUUGGCGCUCGUUGGCGAGACGCUUUAGACACGAGCGACCGAUGUGCCAUAAAAUUUGUAUAUAUGUACUCGAAAACGGCAAAAUUGUACAUGUAUAUAAAAUAUUCGAUUAUGUUUACAUGUAGUAGCAUAAUUAAAAGCUGGUUCGAUCACCACUCGAAGGCAAAUGUAAAAACUGCCGCUGUUGCACAACUGAGAUGAACCGGACCUUGGCUUAUACAUGUGCAGUUAUGUGACCAAAUAAUGUGCGACUUAGAAUAUGUACAAUGUGUAAAAACAAAAUGUACGAACGUUGUGAGCAUAUAAUGUUACAUAUAUUCAGGUUAUGUAAUAAAUAUCUAUC